CUUGGCCAUUACUAUUCAAUUACACGUGGAAAGCACUGUAGGCAUCGAAGUUUACGUCUAUAAAUAUAAUGUAUUAUUAUAAUUAUUAUUAUGUAUAUUCCAAGGAGUAUGAAAAGGAGAUGUCAACCAAAAAGGAUCACAAAAAUACUCGACAGGUCCGGAAAGCAAAGACCUAUUUUCUGACAACAAAUAAACAAAAAGGUGGUCAACAAAAGGAUCACCUUCCUGAGCAGGAGGCUGAGAAGAGACCAAAGGUCAAGCAUAGCAACCUGCAUGCACCUGGCUGGUUCCUGACCCUGCUUAGCCUGUUUGGUAUCAUUUGGCCCAAGAAUGGGAGGACGGAUUCUGUUGGAAGUGGUGUGGGAGGACCAGGAGCUCAUUGUAAGGUGGAGGAGGAUCUUCCUCCAACUGAGCUGACAUUUUUCAACACAAAGAAAGUCAAGACCAAGAGGAUGAAGGGAACCACAGAGGAGUGGAUCACAGACAGAGAUCGAGGUCCAAAGUUAAACUCUCCUUCAACUGCAGGUCCCUCCACAUCUAAAGGAUCACUUGGAAUUGGAGCUCAACAUGUACAAUCUGGGAAUGUCCAGAAUCAGACCCCCGGCACCAGCCAGACCCCCGGCUCCAGCCAGACCCCCGGCACCAGCCAGACCCCCGGCACCAGCCAGACCCCCGGCACCAGCCAGACCCCCGGCACCAGCCAGACCAUCACUGUUGAACUCUGUACCAUCAAUCCAGAUUCUUUCAAUUCUGUUAUCGUCCGUUUUCUCAAAAAACUAACAGUGGAGCAAUGUGAGGUGUUUCGAGUUGGCAAUAUGGACCCUGUGAUGAAGACACUACUCGCAGGGAUGAUUUCGAAGUGUGUACAGUUUGUGUCAGAGGCCGUCCUGGAGGUCAUCAUGCCUGCAGUUGACCGUUUUCUUAAAAUACACGGGCCUGUGCCUCCAGUGUCGACCAAACGAAGCAGUCAUGUCAAGGUCUGCCAGACAGGCAAAAAGAAGUCACAUUGUACAGAUUUUAUAGGUUCUAUACCAGGCACUCCAAUCCCAAAUGAAUGUCCUGUUGACCGUUUUCUUAAAAUACAUGGGCCUGUGCCUCCAGUGUCAACCGAACGAAGCAGCCAUAUCAAGGUCUGCCAGACAGGCAAAAACAAGUCAGAUUGUGCGUAUUUUAUGGGUUCUAUACCAGGCACUCCAAUCCCAAAUGAGUGGCCUGUUGAACGUGAUCUCCCUAUCAUUAGGAGUUCGGUCAUUGACAUGGGUAAUUCCUCAACCUCUUCCACAGUGCCACCAUCUGUGUCAAGCCAAACCAUCACUGCCAUAGUAGACACAGUUAUGGAGGUCAAUCAAAGAGGAGAAAAUGAUCAGAUGGACAUUGCAGCACUCAGGUCCAGUCUUCACAACUUUUCACGUGAGCUCACUGACAAAGUUUAUGAACUCAUAAAGGGUCACAACAGACCCCAGGAACUGUUUGUGCCUGCUGGAAAGGCAGUGUCAAAUUCAACUCUUUUGAAGCUGAAGACCAGAUUGAAGACUCCUCAACAACCCUGGGAAAUUGAGCUGGUGAACUCCUUUACUAGGGAGUUAGUAAGACGUCUGCUACAGGAUCAAAUCUUCUGUCUUCCCCCACCACCUCAAGUAACAGAUUUCUGCCAAACUAUUGUCUCUGAUGCUUCUCUGCAGGACAGAAGGGUGCUCACCCACAGUAGUUCAGCCACUUCCACUAGUUCCUCAGAGGUUUAUAGAGAAACAGAGAACCUGUUUGUCAAUAUAAUGGUCAGUCAGGUUCUGGAGAAGUUAUCUGUGAUGUCCAACUUACCAACUAUGUUCAACUUGAACUCUGUUAAGGAUACAUCUUCCACACAUCUGACAUUUGACUCCUUUGGCAAUGACUACACCUCUUUAAUCAGUUUAUUGAUUCGUAGACUGCUGUCCAAGAUCAACCUAGACACGUCAAUUGAAUCCUCUGACAUUGGUGAAAUAUCAAGAGUUCUCACCAAGAGGAUACUAUCUGAUUUCUGCGACACCUCAGGUCUUGAAGAAUCUCAAGCUUACCCAGGGAAUCUGAAAAUAGAAAACAUUAUGAAGAGUGUCUACAAAGAGCUUCUUAAAAAAUUUGGGUCAAAACAGUUGCUCCAGGUGGCAAUGGAGUCAAAGGAUUGUGCAUUUAACAAUGCCUUGGUGAAGUCAUUAACCAAGGAACUUUUAAAGAAAUGCACCAAGGCCAGCUCUUCACGUCCCUCCGUGACCAAGAUGAAUGCAGAAAAUGCACUUGGAAAUGACAAGACCAACCCGGUUAGGUGUUGGGCCAGUGAAGAGGAAAAGAAGUCGAAAUUCCGUUUUCAGUUUCCAUUCUUCUCAAAGCAUUCAAAGAAGGUCAACUGUGCUCCAAGAUCUUCCCGGUACCGGAUCCCUGCUGUCAAUAAACAAGCAAUUGUCAACGAUCAAAACAUUGGCAAAACAGAGAAUGUAUCCUCCAAGAAAUCAAGGAAGCAGUUCUUCUCAAAGGGAUUUUCAGAUGUCAGAAAUGCCAUAUCCAGUGUGUUUACCAGCGGGUCUACCUGA